AUGCGUUAUGAAUGUAAUAAUAAACCAGGGCGCAGGUAAUGGUCUUUUUUGGACAAUUCUUGAUGAAACACUAAGAUUUUGGUAUUAUUUAUGUUAAUAUAAGGUACUAAAAAGCAUUUCAAACCAUAUAUAAACUCGAUUUUGGCAAUUUUAGAAAAAAAAAUUUCGACCGGUCGAUAAUUUUUUUUGCAUUUUUUUAUCAAAAAAGAUCAAUAACCAUAAAUCUAUUUCAAAAGAUUUAAAAAUGCCACAAAAACAAUCUACAGUUAUUCACACAUGUUUUUAUAGUAAAAGUAAUGACAGAGAUGAAGCACUGCCCAAGGCGCUGAACUUUGUCGCAAUAAAAAUUAUUAUAAGCCCUCUCGAGGGACGGCGGCUGGUGAAAAAUGGGUUGAAUUUGCGUCAUCAGAUUCAGAGAAUUGUGAAAGAUUAAAAUAGUGCUCGAAAUGUUUCGAACACGAUACUGGGUACUGUAAUUUUGCAAAAUUUUUCUGUUUUUUGAGAAAAAAUGUGGGUUUUUAAAAGAAUGGAAAAAAAACUUUGUUUACAAGGCAAAAUGGCAAUAAUGAACUUUACAAAACAAUAAAAUGGCAGUAAUUUUACGAAGAAACCUUAAAAACUGAAGGUUAGAAAAAUGGAAGUUGAGUGGAAGAUUUGUAAUGUAUUUUGCACUGAAAAUCUUCCAUUCAAAUUCCAUUUUUAAAAUGUCCCAAAAUGACCUAAAAAUGAGUUUUUAACACUUUUUGGAUGUGGAAGUUUGAUGGAAGAUUUGUAAUGUAUUUUGCACUGAAAAUCUUCCACUUAACUUCCACCUCUAAAAAUGCUUAAAAACGCGUUUCUAGGCUAUUUUAAGACUUUUUAAAAUGGAAGUUGAGUGGAAGAUUUUUAGUGGAAAAUACAUUACAAACCUUUCAUUCAACUUCCACUUUCUUAAAUGUGAUGUAUCUCUGAAAGCUUGUGACAAAAUGGUUUAAAAUUGUCAAAACUAGGUUCAAAUGGGAUUUCAGGUCUAUUACGCAUGUUUUUAAACCCAAAAUUAAAUUUUCAAGUUUAAAAAAUUGAAUUAUAUUGUUUUAGGUGGCUUCGUCAGCACCCCAAAAUCCUGGAUUUGCCAUGGAAGGCGAAUGUAAAGCGUGCUGAGAAGUCGAACGCCAUUGAUCAGCUAGUAUCAGGCAUUUCUGAUGAUGAAGAGAGCUGGAAUACCUAUUUUAGCGAGAAGGUCCAGCCAUUCUCGAGAGAAGAGCGCCAGGAAUGGUUGUCACAACUGACUGAUGUCAUCGUAUCUUCGGAUGCCUUCUUCCCGUUCAGAGACAACAUUGAUUGUGCUAAACAUGUAGGUUUUACUGUAUUUUUGACUUUUUUUGGCAUUUUUGGCAAAAAUUUGAGGAUUUUGACGAAAAAAUAUUAAAAAGCGACAUUUUAUACGGUGAAACAUGUCCAAGCAAAAAAAUGUAAUUUUUAGUUAUGCAGUAUGAAAAACAUGUUGAUUUUGUGUGAAAGUGUCAUUUUUCAACAGUUUUUGAUAAAAGCUGGUUUUUUAAUAAUAAAGUGAUAUGUUAUACGAUGAAACAUGUUCAGGUUGAAAAAAGUUUUUUGAGGUUAAAAUACGAAAAAUGUUUUUUUGGUAUAAAACGUAAAAAAUGUUUAAAUUUUAGGCUUAAAUGUACAUUUUUGAUUUUUUUUUGCAAAAAGUUUGUUUUUUAAUGAUAAAGUGACAUGUUAUACGAUGAAACAUGCCCAAUUAAAAAAAAUAUAUUUUUUAGGUAUAAAAUAUGAAGAAUUUAUACAAUUUAAGCCUAAAAUUACAUUUUUUAAAUUUUUUGUCAGUUUUGGCCUAAAUUUAGAAGAAAAAUGCAUAAAAGCGACAUCUUAUACGAUGAAAUAUUUCCAAGCUAAAGAAUAUGAUUUUUGGUUUUAAUAUAUGAAAAACAUAUUGAUUUUGUGUUAAAAUAUUAUUUCUGAACAUUUUUUGAUAAAAUUUGGAUUUUUAUGAAAAACUGACAUUUUAUACGAUGAAAAAUAUCCAAAAAAUUCAAAAAUCGAUUUAAAAUCUGAAAUUUUUUGUAAAAUACGGUAUGGGAUUUUCUGGUUUUAAACUUUCUUUUUAAAUCUAAUUCAAUUUCAGUUUGGCGUGAAAUAUGUGGCUAGUCCAGGCGGCUCGACCCGCGACGAAGACGUGAUCCAGGCCUGUAACGAGCACGGUAUGGUACUCAUUCACACUGGCCUGCGGCUGUUCCAUCAUUAA